CCCCUUCCGGUGUCGUACGGUUACUGCGGCGGAUGUUGAUGUUUUGUGUCGGAGCUCUCUGAACGAUGUGAACGGUACCGUCUCCGGUGCGGGUUGAUAUUCACUGCGGUUCUCUUUGUGCUCUUCUUCCGCUCCCCGGUAACGUUUCCGCUGUCCGUCGGCGUCGUGUCUCUCCCGGUGUCUCUCCCGGGAAGCGCGAGGCCGAGCCGUGCGAUGAUGGAGGACUUUGACGAGAUCUACGAAGAGGAGGAGGAGGAAGAGGAGGACGAGGACAGGGCCGCGGAGGAGCAGCUCCUCAAGUACGCUCCGGACCCGGUGGUGGUGCGAGGGUCCGGCCACGUCACUGUGUUUGGGCUUAGCAACAAAUUCGAGUCAGAAUUUCCUUCAGCACUUACGGGAAAGGUGGCACCAGAGGAAUUCAAAGCCAGUAUAAACCGUGUAAACAGCUGCCUGAGAAAGACGCUGCCAGUGAAUGUGCGGUGGCUCCUGUGUGGCUGCCUCUGCUGCUGCUGCACGUUGGGCUUCAGUUUGUGGCCUGUGAUCUGCCUCAGCAAGAGGACAAGAAGAUCUAUAGAGAAACUUCUGGAGUGGGAGAACAGCAGACUUUACCACAAAUUGUGUUUGCAUUGGAAACUAAGCAAAAGGAAGUGUGAAACCAACAACAUGAUGGAAUAUGUAAUCCUAAUAGAGUUCCUACCUAAGAUCCCCAUCUUCAGACCGGACUAGCCCCACUGCAGCUGAUCUUAAACCUCCACUGCUGCACCACAUUGGCUGUCAGGCUCCUGAGUAACUACCCUUCCCAAAAUACUCCCAAUAUUUUUGUUUACAGGGUAGCAUUGAUCCCCCACCCCACCCCACCCCCG